GUCACUUCGGACUUUGUUAUUGUACGGAGCUCGGUAUAAAAACCAAUUCGAGCGACAGUUUGGAUGCUAUUUGCAGUAGUAAAUCGCCUUACAUUAAUAUAUCUUAUAACAGCAAGAAAAAAUGUCAGUGAGUGCCAGAUCAACCCCAGCCUCUCCAGGUUCUGUGACAUCUGGAAAACGUUCCCGUGAUGCUACAUCCAGACAGUCAGGCAGAGUAACAUUUCCACAAUCAACUAAAUCAGAGUCACAUAGUGGUACAGCUUUAUCAGAAUCAGAUGAAAUGCCUGCAGAUCACAAUCCAUUUACAAUGCCACCAGAAAAUGACAUUUUCUUGAUGAGAGACAAGGAAAGGCAGAGAAAGAAAGCAGAACGUAUUAAGCAAAGAGGUUUGAAAGUUUACGAAAAAACAACUUAUGCAUCAAGAGUGAAUGCUAAGAGAGCAUCAAUGAGACAACCCACAGAUGAUUCAGAUGAUGAACUUGAAGGGGAUGCUGAGGAUACAGACAAAGCAGUAGCUGUAAAAGAUGAUCCACAGUUCACUUUGGCCGUUACACGAGAUCGUCAUGUGGAAAAGGAAAAUUUAACUGACUAUAUUGCCAAAAAGAGGGAAAUGUUUCUUGUUCAAUAUUCUCUGGGUGUUAAGAGAGAUGAAAUGAGAAAAUUAGAAGAGAUUGCCCAGGCUGAAGAACGCAAACUAGAACUUGCUGAGCAAUAUCUUGAGGAAGAUGCAGCCAUGUUUGAUGAAUUCUUAAAAGAAAAUGAUAAAAACUCAGUUGAAGCUAUUAAAAUAGCUGAAGCAGAAACAAAAGCUAAAUUAGAGAAAGUUGCAGAGAUCAAGAAAAUUAAUGCCCAGAUAAUGUUGAUUAAGAGUGAAAUCUCCAAAAACGAAGAUCUACUUAAAGAGUAUCAACUGUACAAGAAGUUCUUGGACCAUUUGACAUCACCAGAGUGGAAGGCAGAGAAAGCUGCAGCAAAGGCAAAAAGAAGAGCCGAAAAAAGGAAGGACAAAGAUGAAAAAUUGUCAUUAGGUGGUAAAAAGAAAGGUGGCACAUCGCCAACUCCAUCAUUAGACGGUAGAUCAAAGUCAAAUAGACAAAGUAAAAGUGGUACAAAGGCAGGAUCUGGGAAAAGACAUUCCCAAACGCCUAAUCAACAAGAUACAGACAGCGUUGGUUCUGGAAAUAUUGACUCUGAUUCAGACAGUGAUGAGUCCUUGGAUCUGUACUUCACAGAUCCUCAUCAGUUGCUAGAUAUCUUCCAAGAACUAGAGGAGCAGAACUUGUCUCUUAUUCAAAAUAGUCAGGAAACUGAGGAAGCACUGGAAGAAAUGAAACAAGCUUUUGUACAAACGAAAGAUAAAAUGGAGAGGGAAACUGAUAUUUUAAAACAGCAAAUUGAGAUGUUGAUGGGUGCUAUUGAUAGGGAGGAGGAAAAAGCCACUGAAUUGGAGCACAAGUCAAAGAUGUUUUCAUUUGGUGAAUUCAAAUCAGAGGACCAGGACAUCAUGUUAACUCAACUGAAUAAGAAGGUGGAUGAAGUGUAUCGCAAUUGUAUUGGUGAUAAUGAAGCAAACAUAAGCACAUUACAGAUGUUAACAAAUAUUGAAAAUCGUUUGGAGGAGUUAUUUGAAAUGAUUGAAAUGAUGCCUCCGGAAAGGGUGGAAGCUGCUGAAAAGGCAAAGGAAAAAGAAAGGAGGUUAAGAUUGAGAGAAGAAAAAAUAGAGCAACAGAAACUACACCAAGAAGAACGAGUUAGAAGAGCUUUGGAGAGAGCCCAGGCAGAUCCAAAGAAAAAGACUGGAAAGAAACUUGUUUUUAGAUCGGAACCACCGCAGACAAAACGUAAAGUUGAUAAAACGGCUCAGAAAGCCAGUAAAGAAGAGGAAGAAAUGGCAUAUUUUUUCACAUAAUGGACUGACAUAAAGUUUUUGAAGCACUAUUCCAUCCAUGAAACAAUUUAUUUGAACACUUUGUGUUACAGAGUGUAUAGUAGAUCAACUAUAUAGUGUUAAUAACGCAUGAUGUAUUGUUUUAAUAACACCAAUGUUGCAUAAUUUUGUACAAUAAUUGACAUUGACUAGGAUGUCUGCAAUAAAGUUUGUCAGACAAACU